AUGGACGAGGAUGAUCACUAUGUUGAAUCUGGCCUGUCUUCAAAACGAAGUAUGAGUAACAAGGAAAGAUGUCCUGUUCAACCAGCACUCCAAGAUCCAUGCACGGAAGCCUUCGAAAAUGUGGAUAAGGGAGUCAAUUCUAAUCAAGGGCCGGAAAAUGGAUCAGCUGGGGAAUUCUUGACCAAGUUUGUGAAGAAUGAUGCCAAGUUUUUGGAAGGGGUAGCAGGAGUAAAUAUGGUCACCUCUCAACCUAAGUUAAGCCAAAUUCAACGCAAGUGUCAAGAAAUGGCUGGAUGGGAGAAAGGGGGAUUUCCGGGUUCCGCGCCUGUGACUAUGGUCAUUCAAAACCUAAAUUUCCUCCGUCAAAAACCAUAUAAAGUGGAAUUGAAAGCUGACGGGACACGGUAUAUGACAUUAAUUGAUGGGAGGGGCGAAGUAUACAUGAUUGACAGAGACAACACUGUUUUUCAAGUGGCUAAUUUAGAUUUCCCGAAACGUAAAGAUUUAUCUGCCCAUAUACGCGAUACCUUGAUGGAUGGAGAAAUGAUUUUAGAUAUGGUGGAUGGAAAAUCUGUUCCACGUUAUCUUAUUUAUGAUAUUCUCCGAUUUGAAGGACAGGAAGUGGGAAAAACUAAUUUAGAUCAAAGAUCAUUUUGUAUUCAAAAAGAAAUCAUUGGUCCUCGACGUGCCAAGAUGCAACAAGGAAUGCUGGAUAAGAACGUAUCCUUCAGUGUACAUUGUAAUUCAUUCUGGGAACUUACGAAAUCCAAAGAACUUUUAGAAGGAAAAAUUACCAACGAAAUCAGUCAUGAAAUGACUAAAGAACUACGUCAGUUAGACAAUAAAAUAAUAGAGUGCAUGUGGGAUGGGAAGUACUGGAAAUAUAUGCGACAAAGAACUGACAAGUCCUUUCCUAAUAAUUUAGAGACAGCCGAAGAUGUUUGUGAAAGUAUAAGAAAUCCUGUCACACAGGAGAUGCUCUUACAAACCAUCAGAAAUGAAAGAUGGAUACCAAGUACUGGUGAUGAUGAUAUAAAGCCAACUCCACCACCAAACAUAUCAGAACAUUAA